GCUCCUGCUCCCGCCCCCGCCGGGUGUACUACGUGGAAGUUGCUGGCUGACCCGACUGGAGAGGAGGCUGCCUCCUUGCCGGGGGCCCAGGCGAGUGGAGGUGGCGGCGCCCAGGCUGGAGUAGGAGUCGCUGCCGGGUCCCGGCCUGUGUGUGAGGAUCGGCGAGGGCACCGUGGCUGUUCACCAUGGGUGGCUUUUUUUCAAGUAUUUUUUCCAGUCUCUUUGGAACCAGGGAAAUGAGAAUUUUAAUUUUGGGAUUAGAUGGUGCUGGAAAAACCACAAUUCUGUACAGAUUACAGGUUGGAGAAGUGGUCACUACUAUUCCUACUAUUGGAUUUAAUGUAGAGACGGUGACAUACAAAAACCUUAAAUUCCAAGUUUGGGACUUAGGAGGACAGACGAGUAUCAGGCCAUAUUGGAGAUGUUACUAUUCAAACACCGAUGCAGUCAUCUAUGUAGUUGAUAGUUGUGACAGAGACCGGAUUGGCAUUUCUAAAUCAGAAUUAGUUGCCAUGUUGGAGGAAGAAGAACUGAGAAAAGCCAUUUUAGUAGUGUUUGCAAACAAACAGGACAUGGAGCAGGCCAUGACACCCUCAGAAAUGGCAAAUGCACUUGGGUUACCAGCCUUGAAGGACCGGAAAUGGCAGAUAUUUAAAACAUCAGCAACCAAGGGCACUGGCCUUGAUGAGGCAAUGGAAUGGUUAGUUGAAACAUUAAAAAGCAGACAGUAGUAACUCUGUCACAUCUGCUCCUGUGAACCCAACUCAACGUCUCAUAUUCCUUUGGAAACAGAUGUGCUUCUCGUGACUGAAUGUUAGAACUGUGCUGGCGUAUACAGAACUGACUUCAACAUUUGGAAUAAACAAUAAGUAUCUGGCGAGAGGGGUAACUUGACUGAAUUACCCAAAUGGUCUAUGUAAUGUAAACUAUUUCUGCCUUGCUUUCUUGUGUUAAGGUAUAUAUUGUAUUUGUAUGGAAUUCUUACUCAAAUACAGUUCUAUUAAAGAAUGCAUAUUCUUCCUUGGGGGGGUAGCUAUUUUUAAUUAGUGGUUGCAUCUUGUUUGUAUAACACUAAGAUUUUAGCUCAGAAUUUUCCCCCUUAAAAUGAAUUAAGUCCUUCCAAAGAUUGUUCUCAGUGUAGUUUAGAAGCACAGCGUGCAUAAUACACUUUUCGUCUGUUUAACUGCUUAGUUUAUAUUAAGCUAUUUAAGUGUUUGGUUAUAUAGGCAUGAAUAUUAUUUUGUUGGCUAACUUCACUGACUUCUAUAUUUUAUAAUACUUUAUAGUUUUCAAAAUUUUACAUAUAUUGAACUGAUCAGUUUGUACAGGAACCCUGCAGAGAAGCUAGGCAAGGUUGUAAUGCCAUCACUUUGAGAAUGUGGACCCAAGGUUCUGAUGUGUUGCUUUGCACUUGGCCCCUGUGUAUAGUGAGAUGGGAAGAGUGGUCAGAGUCAGGCUUUGUGGUUAGAAGCUUGUCUCAUAAAUUGCACUGUGCCUGAAAAUGCCAACACUGGCAACACAGAUAACCUUAACUCUAAGCAUAUGCUGAAGACAGCUGUGUGUGGUGGCACACACCUAUGAUCUUGGCUCUUGGGAGACAGGCACGAGGAUCAGGAAGGAGUUCAAGCUGGGAUACAUGAGACCAUGUCUCAAAAAAAAGAAAAGUUAAAGUAGUUAUGCAAUAUUCAAAAUAAUGCUAUAUGAACAUGUCUAUACUAGUAAAACGAUUAAAUGAUACAGUAAAAACAACCCCAAAUGUCUAUAGCUGAUGAAUUUACAUCACAGUAAAAAAGAAAAAAAAAUCACAUGAAAUAAACAUUUUUAACAAACAUUA